AAGGUCGCGAUGGUGAAACAUCAGCUGUCUGAGUAUGCGCAGACCUCCGAUGUCCCGAAAACCUCAUGAUAAGCAGAGUUUCCAGUUACUGACCGCACAAGUGUGCGUCUGGAUCUCGAACUGGUGACGACUGCAGCUUGAAAACAAGACACACCACGAAGAGCUCACACUCGCCUCACAACCCAUCAACCUCGCCAGUCCAGAGUAUGUGGGCUUCCUGGGCAAACGCCAUCAAGCACGAAUACAAUUCAAUCAUCCUCUGGCCUCGCAAAUCUCCUCCUUUCUUCGACAUGGAUCGUCCAUCUCCGAUAGCGAACAACAGCGCCUAUUUAGAUGACCGCAUGCACAAUCCAUCGUUGAGGACUUUCGGUCCAGGGAAUCCGCGCGAUCAUAAUCUUCGAAUUUCUCAACGCACGUUGAUCGGAGAGUACGGAAUCGAUCUUCACGGCUGGCCAUCUCGCGGGGGCUGUAUUAUCCUGGAAAACGUUGGUCCUGCUGAUUUUGAUUACCUGCAGCUCGAUCCACUAGACCCCCCUCUGCGUCGAGAUUCAGAUCAGUCCGCCGAGGACGUCUUCUGCCAGAAGCUACUUCGCCUGGGAGCGACAUGGUGGGAUAGCGAAAGACGACGCCGAUUCAUCUGCAAGCUCGAGAACGGUGAUGAAGAAGCGCACGACGCAGUUGCGGCAAAUGAACGCCUUGUGCCUACUCGUCGCGAACGUGGAUGGGUUCGUGUCGCAUGGCCAUCGCAUCCACCGGGUGCGCUCUGCGUUCUGGAUUGUGAGAAGAUCAUCAUGGGUCGGAAUGGCAAAGAGAAGAUGCGUCCAAGGAACUGUGGAAUUCUGAGACUGGCAAGGACAAUGGAUGAGCGAUGUAUUGUCCUGCAACGCAUGGGCGGAAUCAUUUAUUCCAGCAUUGAGGAAUAUUCGGGCCCAACAUUCAUCAAAGCAUGGGAAGACAACCAUCAUGGAGAGGUUGGCAAGUUAAUCCGAGAGGAGUUUAUUGAUCCGGCGAAAUAUGGAGGUCGCCCGGACGAUGCUCUGAACAGAUUUGUUCCAUCGUGAGCUCUGAUGUAGCCAUGCUAGAGAUACCGUGAAGUAUUUGAUAUCAUGCUACAUGUUGGAAAGUUUCCGUCACAAAAAUGUAUCACAAG